AUGAAGGAGAAUAAAGAAAAUUCAAGCCCUUCAGUAACCUCAGCAAACCUGGACCACACAAAACCAUGUUGGUACUGGGAUAAAAAAGACUUGGCUCAUACACCCUCACAGCUAGAAGGACUUGAUCCAGCUACUGAGGCCCGGUACCGCCGAGAAGGGGCACGGUUCAUCUUUGAUGUGGGCACACGUUUGGGACUACACUAUGACACCCUGGCAACUGGAAUAAUUUAUUUUCAUCGCUUCUAUAUGUUCCAUUCCUUCAAGCAAUUUCCAAGAUAUGUGACAGGAGCUUGUUGUCUCUUUCUGGCUGGGAAAGUAGAAGAAACACCAAAAAAAUGUAAAGAUAUCAUCAAAACAGCACGGAGUUUAUUAAAUGAUGUACAGUUUGGCCAGUUUGGAGAUGACCCAAAGGAAGAAGUAAUGGUUCUGGAGAGAAUCUUACUGCAGACCAUAAAGUUUGAUUUACAGGUAGAACAUCCGUACCAAUUCCUACUCAAGUAUGCAAAACAACUCAAAGGUGACAAAAACAAAAUUCAAAAGUUGGUUCAAAUGGCAUGGACAUUCGUCAAUGACAGUCUCUGCACGACCUUGUCACUACAGUGGGAACCAGAGAUCAUAGCAGUGGCAGUGAUGUAUCUUGCGGGACGUUUGUGCAAAUUUGAAAUACAGGAAUGGACCUCCAAACCCAUGUACAGGAGAUGGUGGGAGCAGUUUGUGCAAGACGUCCCUGUGGAUGUUUUGGAAGACAUCUGCCACCAAAUCCUGGAUCUGUACUCACAAGGGAAACAACAGAUGCCUCAUCACACCCCCCACCAGCUGCAGCAGCCCCCAUCUCUCCAGCCUACACCGCAAGUGCCACCAGUGCCACCAUCACAGCCGCCUCCAGGCCCCGAGCCACCCCAACCCCCACAGAAGGACUCGCAGCAGCCGGCCCAGCAGCCACCGCCGCCGCCUGCCCAGCCGCCCAAGAAGCCAUCCCCGCAGCCUAGUCCCCCCCGGCAGGCGAAGCGAACCGUGGUUGUUUCUCCCAAAGAAGAGAACAAAGCAGCAGAACCACCACCACCUAAAAUUCCCAAAAUCGAGCCCACUCACCCUCCAUUGCCUCCAGCCCAUCCACCUCCAGACCGGAAGCCGCCCCUCGCAGCCGCGUUGGGCGAGGCCGAGCCUCCAGGCCCGGUGGAAGCCGGCGACCUCCCGAAGGUCCAGAUCCCUCCUCCGGCCCACCCAGCGCCUGUGCACCAGCCGCCGCCGCUACCGCACCGGCCGCCGCCGCCGCCGCCCUCUAGCUACAUGACGGGGAUGUCCACCAGCAGCUCCUACAUGUCCGGGGAGGGCUACCAGAGCCUGCAGUCCAUGAUGAAGACCGAGGGCCCCUCCUACGGGGCGCUGCCGCCCGCCUACGGCCCGCCGGCCCACCUGCCCUACCACCCGCACGUCUACCCGCCCAACCCGCCGCCGCCGCCCGUGCCCCCGCCCCCCGCCUCCUUCCCGCCGCCCGCCAUCCCUCCCCCGACUCCUGGCUACCCCCCGCCCCCGCCCACCUACAACCCCAACUUCCCGCCGCCGCCCCCUCGCCUUCCCCCCACCCACGCGGUCCCGCCGCACCCGCCCCCGGGCCUGGGCCUGCCGCCGGCCAGCUACCCGCCUCCGGCGGUGCCCCCGGGGGGACAGCCCCCUGUGCCCCCGCCCAUCCCCCCACCUGGCAUGCCUCCCGUGGGGGGGCUGGGGCGGGCAGCCUGGAUGAGAUAA